CAAAAUUAAAAUGUCAAAAUAAAAUAAUAUUCCUUCAUACUUCCUUCUUUUUGAUAUUUUCGAUUUAUAAUAAUUGGGAAACGCUAAUAAUAAACACUACAAAAAUAAACGCGAAGAACUAAUAAUAUGAAACUAUCAGUUGGCUAUAAAUAAUCAGUCUCUAAACAAGUGAAAUAAACAUGUUAUCGAAAUCAAAACACAAAGUGGGCAGAUGCAGGUGUACAAAAAUGUGAAAUCAUGACUAAAAAAAGUAUUCUAACAAGAAUUGAAAUAAAACUAGCAGCUAUGUCACGAAGAUCAAUAUUUUUCCUUGCUGCGGCGGUGGUCAUGUUGUAUUUUUCAAUAAUACUGUUUAUGUUGGGUCCUUUACAUGGUUCGAGGGGCGGUUACUAUGCGGGCGGAUAUAUGAAUAAUUUUGCUUUUCGCCACGAUCCUCCCGUGAACUGGUGUAGUGAGCUAACAUGGCAGUCCCCGCCGUCCCCGGACGUGGUCGCGCUGGUGUCUUACCCAGGCAGUGGUAACACAUGGCUCAGAUAUUUGCUGCAACAAGUUACUGGUGUAGUAACAGGCUCAAUAUACAUGGAUUAUGGACUAAGAGUGCAUGGUUUUCCUGCGGAAAAUGUUACCGAUGGUUCUGUCCUGGUUGUUAAAACUCAUGCGGUCCCAAUGGAUUCCGAUAAGUUCAAAUCUGCAAUACUGUUGAUACGAAACCCACGAGAUGCCAUUUUGGCUGACUUCCACAGACUGCAUAGAGGGCACAUAGGAACUGCACCGAAAUCAGCUUUCAAAAAGAAAUCACAUGAAAAUAAGAAAUCAGACUGGUCAACAUACGUAUCAACGCAACUGACGGCUUGGGAGACACUGCAUCAGAUGUGGCUGACGAGAUUCCCGGGGCCACUGCAUAUUGUCUUCUAUGAAGUCCUGGUACGCGACACUAGGAACACACUGCAAGGCAUACUCAAUUUCUUGAAUUAUAAUGUCACCGAGGCAAACAUGAACUGCGCGAUGGCUAACAAAGAAGGAAUAUACAGACGUAAGAAGAAACAUCAGGACUUUGAACCAUUUACAGCUGAUAUGUACAAAGCAUUGGAUCAGGUGAGAAACAGAGUUCUCAGUAUGGUGAUGGAUUAUAAGAGAAAACAUGACAAUUCACAUGUAAGAAAAACAUAGGGUAGAAUGUCUAAGUAGAAUAACUCUAUGAUGUUAAGAAAUAGAUACAGAAGAUUUUUUAUUUUGUUUUUACAACAAUAUAGCUCUUAAAAUGCUGUUAUUGUCGUUCUGUUGGUAC